UACAAACUGAAAUUAAAAACCAAAUAACUGCCGAGAGGACGCCAUGUAAAUUCAUUGCGUCGCAUAACUUGUGUAGGUAAUUUACUUUUUUCUUGGAUACUUUUCUUCUUUCUACCAAAUGGGUAAUUUUUGUUGGCAGAAUUUUAUUCUGUCAUAAAAAUCACCUUUUUGGUGACCAAAGCCUGCAAAAGACCACCACCGACGAAUAGACCGGCCCAUGUGGCCCCUGCGAAGAAUCUUCUUGUGCCUGACGCUGUGUGCCUUCAUUCUUGGAGGCGUGUCAGUCCUCCGGUAUCACCUGUCCAAGCCAAAACUAGUUCCAGAGUUUCUACAGAACGUCAACCGAUUUAGACAUUCCAGAGUAUGUUCCACGAAAGCCCUGGUGCUCGUGAAUUCGGCAGCCAAGAAUCGACUUCGUCGCCAGGUCAUUCGAGAAACAUGGGGUCAUCCAAAAGUCACCAGAUCCUUGGAAAUGAGUGUUGCUUUCGGCGUCGGUUUCGCUGGAGACAAUCAAUCGCAGCGACCUGUCGACUGGGAAGCAGAGACUUUUGGUGAUUUAUUUCAAACUUCUUUGAUGGAUAGUUAUGACGGACUAACACGCAAAAUGCUGCGACUUUUGAAGUUGGCGUCGAGAUCAUGCUCGCCAAGGCCAUUGUUCAUUGUGAAGGUGGAUGAUGACAUGUUUGUAAAUACGUAUGCUCUAAUGGAUUUCCUUUCAACCGUCGAGUCCCAAGCUGAAGAUACAACAAUAUGGUGUCUGGUAUGGCAGGACAUGCCAGUGAUCCGUGUCAAUCAUUCCAAGUGGUCCAUCCCCAAAGAACAGUUCAGGAACAGCACAUACCCAACUUACUGCUCAGGUUCAGCCUACAUCCUGAGCUCCAACGUCCUAGAUGUUCUCCUCCAACAGCACGAUAAUCGACAAGGCGGCAUUUUUCCACUGGAAGAUGUCUACAUCACCGGCAUACUGGCCCAGGAGGCUCAACUGACGCAUGCGCAGUUAGGAAACAGAUAUGCCUUUGAAUCCAUCAACCAUCGGGAUGUUGCUUCAGGAAAGACGAUUUUUGCUCAUCUUGGACAGAAUGCAGAUGAGCUUUCAGAGCAACUGUGGCAUAGUCUCAUGGAAGCAAGAGCUACUACUCGUCAUUCUUCGGCAGUGGGUCUUUGAUUUUGUUGGGAAAAAAAAGGAAGCAUCAUGAUGUAACUCUAGUUCCUAAACUGCACCAGUACUCGGUUAAAGAUGAUAUGUAAAAAUGUACUGAUAAUCUAAAACUUUUUAGUAAAACUU